GUGGCGUCCUAUUUCUAUUUAUCUUUAGUGUGGAUUUAUUUAUAUCUAUAAUUAAUUUCUGGACAUAUUCAUGAUAUAUUUAUAGAGCUCCAAGUCUUAACUAGAUUAAGUUUUACAUAAAUAGUCCGAAGAGCAGCGUGACUGUUGGAAAACAUGGAUAGAAAUAUGAGGUCUCCGUAUGUGAGCAGCGGUCCCCGCAGUCUCCCACACCUCGGCAAGCGGCACUCCAACGGGCACUCGCACAGUCACUCUGCCAGACUGAGCCCCCCGGCGCCUCCACACAACAACACACAACAGGAUGACAUCAUUAACUAUAUUUACGACUCGUGGAACAAGGUGACGCGAGAGCUGGAGCGCGGCGGCGAGGAGGCGCGCUACUACAGCGAGGCGCCGCCGCGCCAGCUCGCCAACUUCCGCCCCUUCAACCUCGACGAGUGGUGGGGGCGCCGUCUGCUGCACGCCAUCAACCGCAACAAGCACCGCUCCUAGUUACCACCCACAGAACUUACUGAGAUUCUGUGACGGGCGUAAGUCGUCUUUUGUUCAACCGCUGAGAUUGAGAUGCACAUUGUCGGUCUAAAAUAUCCUUGUGACCGUACCGAAUUAUAAGCGGUAUAACUGCAACCUGGUGAAUGACAUCAACCGCAACGAGCACCGCUCCUUGUUCUCACCGACAGAAGAUUACUGAAAUUUGUGACGUUUGGUGUGAGUCGUCUUUUGUUCGGCCGCUGAGAUUGAGAUGCACGUUUUGGGUGAAAUAUCCCUGUAACCGUAGCAAAUUGAUGCUGCAGGCCACCAACCGUUUUAAAUACUGCCUCCUAGUUCCCACCGGAGUACAAUGGGCGUACUGAGCGGCACAACCGAGAUUUUUUACACUCGUUUGGGCAUAAGUCGUCUUUUGUGAUACUGCGAUUGAGACUACAUUCUCGGUCUAAAACAUUGUAAUCGUACCAAAAUAUGUAACGACGUCCCUUCGGUUUAGAUGUGAUGGGCCCCAGCUGCUUAUCAUUAUCACGCACAGUUCUUAGUUUCAACCCAAGCAUAAUGGAUUAAUAGAGCGAGUCAACCGAGAUUUUGAGUAAAUAUUCAAGUAAGUCUCUGAAAUUAGAAAAAAAAUACAUGGUUUCAAUUUAAAAUAUUUACGAAACGUAUGUUUUCCAGUCUAAGAAUAACUAUGUGACUGUAUAAAAACAUUUAAUAGCGCUAGGGCCAACAUCUGUUGCAAAUCAAAAUAUUUAACGAAGUUCCUCUGACUAGAAAGACGGUUUGCUGCAGGAAUCUAAAAAAAUGAGAAUGACAGAUGUCACUAAAACACACGACUUUCUCCUACAUUAUGAACCAAUCAUCUUCACUGGGCGUUCAGUAUUGCAAGUUUACGGCGUAGAGAGGGACAAAUUAUUUGCAAAGUUGCGGUACUUCAUUUGGAUAACGAAAUGUGCAUUUUGUCUCAAGUCUCAUGUGGUAACAGACGACUUAUAAAGUGAUCUUGCAUUUGUCUCCUAAGUCGACGCAAUUUGGUUUUACUAGUUUAAGUAGUCACACAGAUAACGGACUUUUUUUAUAUUGAAUUUAAAAACAACAUAUUUUAACUUGUCAAACUUAUAUUAUGAAAACCGUAAGUGAUCUCAUGUAACGUUUGUGUCAGAAAUUCGAUAAGUCCGUUCUCUGUGGUUAAGUAAGAAUGCUAAGCACAUAGAAUUGUGUACAUUGACCUGUCAGAUUUCUAUCUUUAUCGCACGUUCACAAUUAAUAUUGCCGUCCCGUUCGCUGUCAUAUUGACUGCUGGUAUCAUGGACAGGAAAGC